GCAUUGUGGAUCUACAGACGGAUGGAUUUUCCUCAUUUUCAAAUAUCGAGUUGUUUCCUCAGUGAUGGAAUUACGUUCUUAAACAUUGUGUUUCCUCCUACCCUUCUUGAAAAUCAAAGAUGUUCCCAAUGGUUCCCCCACCUAAUCCAAUACUUUGUGAAGUACGCAUCUACUCCUUUAAAAUAGAAAGUGUUCGGCUGUGAUUAUGACUGACACCGUUAAAUCACUCGGCUCUGAUAAACAUCAAACUUUGAGCACAAAGAUUAUAACACGAGAGGAACCUGAGCAGAUAUUAAACAACCAUGAUCAUAAAAUUGUUGGAGAUCAUUAUUACGCUGUGGCUAUGGACGUCGAUCGUUUCUGCUCAACUACCAAUGCUAGGCCCAUGUCCUGAUGACGUCAUGUCAAUGCGCAACUUCUCUUUCGUUCAGUUUUUAGGAAUAUGGCAUGAGCAGUAUCGGUACUUUAUCAGAGGUGAGGAAGGCCACACAUGCGUUGUUUUAAGCUUGGAAAAUAAUGGCGAUGGAGCUAUCGGAAUAACUAUCUGGAACUAUGAUGAAUGUCUGGACAGAGAAACGGUAGUGAAGGGAACCGGCAAACUUGGCGGACGUGGCAGGGAUGAUGGCCGACUUCUAAUUUCAUUUUCUUAUGGUCCGGAUUUACCAUUUUGGGUGAUCGAUACAGACUACGUGACCUACGCUGCUGUGUGGGGCUGUAACGAUUAUUGCUCCAUCAAUUCCCAGUAUGCGUGGAUCCUGACUCGAGACGUUUGCCCGGACUCGGACGCCAUCCGAAAAGCCAUGCUGGCAUUCCGGAUUAAUGGGAUUGUGACUCGACCCCUGAUGCGGACGGGCGAUAACGUCUGCUUCCCCGAGGACACCGAGGAGGACGACUACGAUUGGUGACCGGUGGAGGUGGAGCUGACGACGAUGAUGAUGAUGACGAUGACGAUGACACCGGUGACGCAUGGGACAUGGCGUCCGGGCACAUCCUCCGAUCACCCUCGCGAUACCGAAUUUUUUCUCAUCGCCGGGGUUUCGAGACGCGUGUUUUUCAACCCUUGUGACGCUGUUUUUUCAUUCGGAAUUUUGGGGUGUAUCGUGGUUUUGAGGGAGGGUGGAGGCUGUAGGGUGAAAAGUGAUGGGUGUUCCUAGAAUCAAUGUCGACGACAAAAAAAAAACAAAAACAAAAACAAAAAAACGCAUUUCCUCUCGCGCCCACCUCGGUUGACAAAAUUCAGAUUUUUGUUUCUUU